AUGGAAGUCUACGUCGAUGAUAUACUUGUGAAAAGCGCCAGGGCCAGCCAACACAUCGACCAUCUGGGGGAAAUGUUUGGUGUACUGAAAAAAUAUCACAUGAAACUUAAUCCCCAAAAGUGUGCCUUUGGAGUGGGGUCUGGGAAAUUCCUCGAUUUUAUGGUCAGCAACCGCGGGAUAGAGGCAAACCCCGAAAAAAUUAAAGCCCUACAGGAUAUGCAGUCCCCAACUAAACCAAAGGAAGUACAAAGGUUAACAGGAUGUGUCGCCGCCUUAAACAGAUUUAUAUCAAAAGUGACAGACAAAUAUGUCCCCUUCUUCGACGCUUUAAAAGGAAGCAGGCAUUUUGAGUGGACACCGCAAUGCGAAGAGGCCUUCCAGAAAUUGAAGGAACAUUUGGGCAAGCCCCCAAUUUUGGCAAAGUCAAAUCCCGACGAAGAGCUCAGCCUAUACCUCUUCGUAUCCCAACACGCCGUAAGCUCCGUACUGAUAAGAGAAGAAGAAAGGGUACAAUUGCCAAUCUACUAUGUGAGUAAGAGGCUCCUCGACGCCGAAUCAAGAUACAGCGAAAUGGAGCGCUUAGCCCUCACCCUGAUGGUAGCAUCCAGAAAGCUUCGGCACUAUUUCCAAUCUCAUACCAUACGGGUUCUCACAAACCACCCGUUGAGACAGGCUCUACAAAAGCCCGAAACUUCCGGUCGACUCCUCAAGUGGCCGGCUCCCACCACGCCUGAAGGAGUCGAGACUAUAGAAUGGAAGCUCUAUGUAGAUGGAGCGUCGAGCGAAAGCGGGUCAGGAGCUGGCGUCUUGUUGAUCAGCCCAGAAGGCCACAAGAUUACCUCGGCGGUUCGAUUUAAAUUCAAGACGUCGAACAAUGAGGUGGAAUACGAAGCGCUAAUCGCAGGACUACGAUUGGCCAGCCACCUAAAGAUCGAAAAGCUCAGUGUCUUCAGCGAUUCUCAAUUAGUCAUCGGGCAAGUAAAAGAAGAAUAUCAAGCGCGCGGCGAGAAAAUGGGAGCGUACUUACGGAAGGUAAAGGAAGAACUCGUUAAGUUCAAAAACUACGAGAUACUCCAGAUACCACGAACCGAAAAUGCAAACGCCGACACUCUGGCAAAGCUAGCAUCUUCAAGAGAGUCCGACACACUAGACGUCGUUCCCAUCGAAGAAUUGGAGCGACCGACUAUUGAAGAAAAAGUUAAGGCAUUAAUCGUCCAAGCAGGUGAAAAUUGGAUGACGCCACUCAUCCAAUACCUAAUGGACGCACAACUGCCAAACGAUAAAGACGAAGCCAGACGGAUCAGGUAUAGAGCUGCUAGGUACUUAUUAUACGACGGCUUGCUCUACCAACGAGGCUACUCAACCCCUCUACAGCAGUGCUUGGAUAAUGCCGAAGCCCAAAAGGUCCUCCACGAAAUCUAUGAAGGAGUCUGUGGUAACCACACUGGGGGGCAAUCUUUGGCUCUAAAGGUUUUAAGGCAAGGAUACUACUGGCCCACGCUAAAAAAGGACGCUUUCCAGUACGCCCGAUGUUGCGACAAAUGCCGAAGGUAUGCCACAAUUCCUAGAGCACCCCCAAAAAAUUUAACCUCCAUUCUCAGUCCAUGGCCCUUUGCCAAAUGGGUUGACCUGAUCGGGCCAUUACAUCUUGCACCCGGAGGCUUUAAAUUUGCAAUCGUCGCAGUGGACUACUACACGAAGUGGGCGGAGGCAAAGGUUCUAACUACAACCACGGAAGCAGCCUGCACCAAAUUCAUGUGGGAUAACAUCGUAUGCAGGUUCGGGGUUCCCCACUCAAUAGUAUCCGACAACGGAAAGCAGUUCGACAAUGCCUCAACACGCAGAUUCUACGACAACCUGGGCAUUCAGAAAGAUUUCUCGGCGCCAAUCCAUCCAUAA